UGGAGCCUCUGGAACUUGGCUCUUGUAAGUGGCUUUGUGACGAUGUUGGAUGUCGUGAUCGGUUUUGUAGCUAGGUUGAGGGUGGUGAAUAUAUGAAGUUAACAGCAUAUUAGUGCCAGUGGAAGGAUUCUGUUGACUUUAAGAUUGAGAUUUUAUUCCAGGAGGUGAAGAUGCAGUUUAUGUUGCUGUUUAGCCGACAAGGCAAGUUACGUCUUCAGAAGUGGUAUGUGGCCCAUCCAGACAAGCUUAAGAAGAAAAUCACAAGAGAGUUAAUUACCACAAUUUUGGCAAGGAAACCAAAAAUGAGCAGUUUCCUUGAAUGGAAAGAUCUGAAAGUGGUUUAUAAAAGAUAUGCUAGUCUCUAUUUCUGUUGUGCUAUUGAACAAAAGGAUAAUGAACUGUUGACCCUUGAAAUUAUUCAUCGUUAUGUUGAGCUUCUAGACAAAUACUUUGGUAGUGUUUGUGAGUUGGAUAUAAUCUUCAACUUUGAGAAAGCAUACUUUAUCCUGGAUGAACUGUUACUUGGUGGAGAGAUCCAGGAAACCAGCAAAAAGAACGUCUUGAAGGCAAUUGCUGCCCAGGAUUUGUUACAAGAGGAUGAAGCAGUGGAAGGGGCUCUGAGGGAGAUAGGGCUUCUGUAGUUCCAACUCAACUCAAGAUUGUUCAAAACUUCAAGCAACUGGCCAACAAACAUCUUGUGAAGUCUUCUUUAACUCAUCAUGACAUCAGAACACUGCAAAAAAUUGAAAUUUCUACCAGUUCUGUUUUGAUUUGUUCAUUGUCCUUCAGUCUUCUGCUUUUCGUCUCUUUGUUUGGCUCUCAUAAAUUGAAUAACCAUGAAGUUAGCUUUAUUUCUAAACAUUUUAGUGCACAUAUUUUUAAAGAGAAUUUUUUUAAACUGAUGUACAGCAUUUAAGGAGACUGACAACAUGAACUUGGCCUGCAGGUCAGUGAAAGCUAAUUUAUCUACCUAUGCUUUUGAAAUGGAAGAGUUUUGAAAUCUGCAGCAAUAGAAUUCAUAAUAUGAAACUUUUCUAACAAAAAUAACGUGUCCAUAUCUUUUAAAUUAGCAAUAAUAAUAAUAAUAAAGAAUUAAGGAAAGUAAUAAAUUUAAUGCCAGCCCAUUAUUAAAUUUAAGGCAGUUUAAAGGAAUUGGGGAAAUUGUUGUUGUUUUUGGUUUUGUAACUGGACAGCAGUGGAAGUAUUUGUGUAUUAGAACAAGAGAGCAUUGGAUGUUACAUGAUGCAACCAUAAUUACAUAAAUUAAUUUCAUUUAUUAGUAAUGUAUAUCAUUUGUACUUUUAUUUCUUACCAGCACAGUUUAGCACUAGAGUCUUUAUCAUAUGGUGUUCUUGCCUUAUUUCUGCUGUGUAUUUCCUCAUUACAGAGGAGCAGAACAGCAUAUAUAUCAUCACAAUAUUAAAAUAAAUCACUGGUCAUACCAUCAAGGAACUUAACACAUUCCAUUGCACCAGUUUUAUUGUAGUAAGAAUCAGGUAACCAUUUUGAUUUUGUGCCACCCCGCUUAAAAACAAGAAUAGAUGAUGGCAUACUCCAGUUUGGAGUGCACAUAUUUUCCAAAUGCUUUCUUUGUUAUUUAUGCAUACUUCAUUAUCCUUAAUGUUUAUUUACUGCAUAUAAAAGUAUGUUGCAUAUAGAUGCACUUUAUUUUUUUCUUGAAUUUUGUUUAAUUUGUACCACAUCAAAAGGGAUUUUGAGUAUGAGUUCUGGAUCAUAACAAAAUCUGUAUAGUAUGCUGGUAGAAUUUUAUAUCUGAUUGCUUAUUUUUGAGAAAAAUAGUGAAGUUUAAUUUCAGCUUCAUGUUAGACUGAUACAGACCAAUUUAUAUUUAGCUAAUAGCUUUUAGUUUAGACUUCCAAUACCAAAUUUAAUCUAUGUUAGUCAUGUAGUUUCAGAGAUGAAGUACAUGGAUGGGCAGGCACUGCCUCCCCAUUAUGCAUUCAUUUUUUGCAGUUCUUUCAAAGACUGCAUAAUUAUUUAAAAUUAUCUUGUCUGUGAAAUAACAAUGAUCCAAUGCCUGUUACAGUCUCCACUGCUGGACAGUUAGAUGACCUGUAUUCAAGUCCUGUUAGCUAUAAAUUUUAUAAAGUAGUGUAUUUAUUCAUUUUGGUCUUAGUGUUGUAGGAAACUGUUCAGUGUAUUUUGUGGACUACUUUUUACUGCAAAAGGGGUAUUUUAUUCUUAGACAUUUACUGUGACUUUAAUGACUGCCUGCUCUCUUCAUUCCUUAAGUAAUUUGUGUAACUCAUAACUUUGUUUCUUUUUCAACAAAUUCAAAGGAUGCUGUUUCUUUUUAUAGUAAAAAUUGUUUAUUAACCAUAUAUGUAACACAAGAAUUUCUCUGAAUAUAAAAUAUUUAAAGGAUAUGUAAUAAACUUACAUUGUGAACAAAAGAGUAAGCUAGGACCAUGGGAAUCUGUUGCUAUUUUGCUGUUAUUCACAUGAAGUUUAAAGUAAGUAAUGGAAGAAAGAACACACUCUAGUUAAGUUUUCAGGCAGGUCAAUGUUUGAAAAUUAAUGUAUGUUAAAUACUUAUUUUACUAUGUUAUCUUAUUUCUAAUAUAAUACAGUCACAGUUACAGCCCUAUGAAAAAUUUUCUGUCUUAUAUUACUUUGUGAAAUUGUUUUUAAACUUUGUAUUUUGAAGAUUCUAUGCACAUGGUCAGUAAUUGCUGUUCACAUAAACACUGACAUCUGCACAACUCCAUAUUUUAUUGAGAUUUACUGCUGUUAUGGAGCUAACCCUUCAACUUUUGUAACCCCUUGAUUACAUAAAACCAAAAAUCCUUUAGAACUUCUCUGUGUCAAAAAGCACAAUGGAUUUAUUCCACAUGAGGCCCAUAAAGUUUCCUAUUUAAAUGUUUAUAAUAACUCUUGUCCCUCUAGCAUCGUCGCAAAGCAUGAUAUUUUUGCUGAAAGCUUGUCAGCAGACAUUAAUUUAAAAAUUGAACAAAUGUCUUGAUCAUAUCUGAUAGGUCUACUGUUCAUAUGAUAGUUUAUUUAAAUUAUUGUCUAUUAAGUUAUAAUAACUUAAAUUUUAAUUUUCUAAACCAUUUUGUUAAAGAAAUGUAAACCUUGUUACAUUGGAUUAAAUGAGACAGGAAAGUAAACCUAACAUCACGAGAACCUCACAGAAUUGUUGGAUAUCUCUUACUUGUACAGUCACAGAUUGUUUAAAAAAAUUAGGUUGUAAACAGAUUGUCUAUAUUUCUGGUUCAUGUGGAUCCAACCCUGGCAGCUUCCUCACCUCAUGUAACUGUACAAGUCAUUGAGGAUGUAUUGAUUUUGCACAUAUGAGAACAGGACUUUCUUGUAUCUUCUUGUUUUCAGAAUCAGUGACGAAUAAUGUCUUGUCUUAUUCAUGGUCAGGAAGGUUUAAUGUCAGAGUGCUUUUGUCCCUUUUUUGUUUGAGGCUUCACCUAAAUAAGGUCAGACAAAGACUGUUUUGACUUUUCAAAUUUUGCAUUUGUACCCUACUAUGACAGCUUGUAGAUAGUUAUUGUAAUUUAACAGAAUUGAUAGAAGAUUGUGACAUUUGUUUUCAGUUAAAGUUGAUAGCAGCCUAUAUUUUUUUCUUCGUUAAAGUAUACAGUGCCAAACUGCUCUCUACUAGCACACAAGGAAAUGUAGACCUUUGUUAGAUUUCAGCUUUCCACAGUAAUAAAAGCAUUUUCUUGUAAAGUUUUUGUGCAAUACUUUUUAAAAAUUUAAGCAUAAAAUAUGUGAAAAUGUUUCUACACAUUGUUUUUCAGUUAUAUCAAACAUAGGAAGUGUAAUGUAAAAUAAAUUAAUUUUUCCAGAAAUCUGCUUAUAAAUGUGAUGUUUAUGUGUGUGUUUCAAUUUAAAAUAUUCAUAUUGCUGGUAAAAUGUUGAUGUUGAUUUAAUAAAGCCCAUUUUCUUGUUGA